CGAAAACUACCUUUAGAGCCCACCCGCAAAGUGGAGUCGCCGUCCCUUCUCUUCAUUUGGAUAGAGCCCUUGGCACAUACGAAGGAUCUACCACUAAAUUUCCCUUUUCCAUCUUCUCAAUCAAUGGAUUUGGAUGAGGGUGCAGAAGCCAUAGAAAGCUUCACAGGAGGUGAGAUAUUGACAGUCCCAUGUGAUGCAGAUUCGAUUGUAGAACCACAUGAAGGUAUGGAAUUUGAGUCUGAAGAUGCUGCCAAGAUAUUUUAUGAUGAAUAUGCACGACAAGUAGGCUUUGUCAUGCGUGUGAUGUCUUGUCGUCGAUCGGAAAGAGAUGGGAGGAUUCUUGCUCGUCGACUCGGAUGUAAUAAGGAGGGCCAUUGCGUUAGCAUUCGGGGUAAAUUUGGCCCCAUUAGAAAGCCACGGCCAAGCACAAGGGAAGGCUGCAAAGCAAUGAUUCAUAUUAAGCUCAAUAAGUCCGGUAAAUGGGUGAUAACGAGAUUCGUAAAGGAACAUAAUCAUCCGCUUGUAUUAGCUCCACGCGAGGCUCGUCAAACAAUGGAUGAAAAGGACAAGAAAAUUCAAGAACUAACCGUUGAAUUGCGGAACAAGAAAAGACUAUGUGCAGCAUAUCAAGAACAGCUGACUGCAUUCAUGAAAAUUGUUGAAGACCACAGUAACCAACUAUCGAAGAAAGUCCAAAACGUAGUCAACAACUUGAAGGAAUACGAGUCAAUAGAGCUGCAGCUAUUGCAGCAGAGAUAGCGUCAAAGGUGUUGGUCUAGCGUAACCGAGUUGAAACAGGUUUCCAAGUGCAAGCACCUGGAAGAGAUGAUCAGCUACUUAAUUCAAAGAUACCGAAGGUCAAGGUUGCAAUUACAAUCCGGGAGUGAUGUUUUCCGUGUUCGGGGAGGAAACUGGCAUAUUUCCUGGUACACAACAUUCUUGAAUAUUUGAAUGAAUGAUGAAAUUGAAUACAAAUAUUUUAUUUUGAAGCUUUGAAUA